AGGGUAUAAAUACCAAGCAGUUUUGGAAGAGAAAUCAGUUACAUUUCACAAUCUCAAAGAGUCAACAUUGAAUGCUAUUAUCACACACAAAUUUUUCAAUCAGUUAGUUUUAUAUAAGUCAGACAAGUUGAGUAUUGAAGAAGGCCGAAAAAUAAACUAGAGAACCAAUGAUGGAUAUGAAUAACAACAACAUGAUGCCAAUCCAGCAAAACACUACACAAGAAUUUAGGAGCGCAAUGAACAUUGAUACUGUCGAGGAAGGAUCAUCGCAACGUCCCCAAAUCGCCCAGGGGUCAACUGCUAGUUCUGGCCGCGUGGAUUCAGCAGCUGAAUCUCACACUUCGGACCGUGAUUCUCCUCUUGUAGAAUCAGAAACACAUUCGGGAGAGCAUCAACGUCUCAUGUCUGAGGAGGAACAGAAGCGCAAGGAGAGACGUAAUCUUGUUAAUUUCAGACACCGAGAUCUGACUCGAAGACACCGCGUCUUGUUUGACAAACUUCGUGUCCGUCUUCCAGUACGACCCAGCUGCUAUGUUACAAAGGAAAGAACUCUUGACAUGGCGCUAGACUAUAUCAACUACCUGGAAUCACUCCUAGGCAUCAACCAGCCAACACAACAACAAAUAGCAGCUCUCGCUCCUCCCCCAGGCAGGAGAAUGGACAAUGGACCAAGGCCCCUAUCUACUAGUGGCAUACCACAGACAGAACCCAAGCAUGAGGAAACCGUGGAAUCUAGGCCACUUUGCAGUAUGAUACCUGGGGCACAAAGACACGGGACUGGAGAAUUCAACCAGGGCUUCAUUGAUAUGUCCCGACAGAGAGGUCACAGCGAGGUGGCUCCCAGACGACAACUAUUCAAUGAUAGCGAUCAAUGGAGUAUGGGGCGUCCUCAAAGCACUUCAACCCCUGUCAGCCAGGCAGUAUUCCCUGGCCAAUCAUCUAUGUCACCAUUAGCUACAGCAAUCGACAAUAUCAUCACGAGACUAGAGUCAGGAUCAUCUGGUUACCGCAGCAACAGCCAUGGCAGUGUGGACAGUCGCCGCCUCGACUCUCAAUCAUCCCUUCCAUCUACAUGUGAUGACGAUGACGUGUUUGAGUACAGACCUAAUCACAUGGUAUGGCCAGAGAGGAGUGUGGGAAGCAACCAAGUUGAGGGUUUCGCCAGUUAUCCACCCAGGCAUCACUCCAGCUUAUAAGGUAAUUACUAUCUCACUCAUAUUGAGGAGCUAUCUAAAAAAGCCCAAACACUAGAACUGUACUUGUACAGAAAACUUUUUUUAUAACAUUUUUCAAAAUUCCUGUUGCAAAAUUUGAUUGAUAAUUUCAA